AUGCAAAUGAUUUUAGGGUUUUUCGGUGAAUAUUGCAAUCAUAGCAACGUCUGCUUGCGUGAACCCUGUGCUCCAGGAGCUGAGUGCGUAGCUAAGCUUGCCGGAAGGAUUUGUAUUUGCAAUGGAGGUGACCAUCCCGAGUGCUACCCCGAAAAUGACCCCUGCGCAAUGUCGCCUUGCUUAAAUGGUGGAGAGUGCGGUCGAAGUUUGACCAAUCCCCGUGGCUUCAUAUGUAGCUGUCCAAAAUACUACACAGGAACAUUUUGUGAGCAGCGUCUGUCGGUCUGUGCACUGGCGGAGGAAGAAGGGAGCUCGCUGAUGCGGGAGACUUUUACAAUGACUCGGCGCAACGCCGAACAGUCAGAGGGAACAAAUAACGCCAUGCCCGAAACUGCACUAUGCCUAAAUGGGGGAAUCUGCGUGGAUCACCCCAAACUUUUCACAUACUUUUGUGACUGUCCCAAAGAGUGGACCGGAAAGAGGUGUGAAAAACGAGUGAUAGAAGUAAGAUUGUAA